UCUCUCUCUCUCUCUCUCUCUCUCUCUCUUUCUCUUGCUUCUCUCACUAAAUAGUCGCAUCAAUUGGGUUGGGUUCCAUCUAUGGAUUUCAUAUAAACAACAGAUUGAUCGUCUCAAUUGGUGAGUCGACUCAGUGGUUCAGAUCUCGAUUUCACUUCAACGAGUCCGUCUCGUCUGUCGCGUUUAUACAUUUGCAGUAUGGUUUGAUUAAUCUUUGAGAAGGUGGUGUGAUUGAAUCAUGGGUAGCAGUGAGAUGGAUAAACCUGGGAAAGAGGCUAAGGAGGAAAAGACACCUACUCCACAGGAGCUGUCUUCAUCUACAAGCACUGGCACAGUUAAUCCAGAUUGGGCAGGUUUUCAGGCAUAUUCUCCACUACCUCCACACGGGUUCUUAGCAUCGAGUCCUCAAGCUCAUCCCUACAUGUGGGGAGUUCAGCAUCUUAUGCCACCUUAUGGUGCACCACCACAUCCAUAUGUGGCAAUGUAUCCCCAUGGUGGGAUAUACCCUCAUCCAUCUAUACCUCCGGGAUCUUAUCCAUUCAGUCCUUUUGCCAUGCCUUCUCCUAAUGGCAUUGCUGAGGUUUCUGUUGGUGCGGCUGGAAGCAUGGAAACAGAUGGCAAGUUAUCUGAGGGGAAGGAAAAAUUGCCUAUCAAAAGAUCUAAGGGAAGUUUGGGCAGUUUGAAUAUGAUUACAGGCAAAAGUAGUGAACCUGGUAAAACUUCAGGAGCUAACGGAAUCUAUUCCAAAAGUGCUGAGAGUGCAAGUGAAGGUUCAAGUGAAGGAAGUGAUGCAAAUUCUCAAAAUGACUCACAAACAAAGUCAGGAUGCCAGCAAGAUUCUUCAGAAGCUGAAGCAUCUCAGAAUGGCAGUGGUAUGCAUGGUUCUCAUAAUGGAGGUCCAAAUAUGCCUCAUACGAUGGUGAACCAAACAAUGGGUGUCAUGCCAAUGGCAGCUUCUGGUGCUCCUGCCACCAACUUAAAUAUUGGUAUGGAUUACUGGGGUAAUGCAACUGCAUCCACUCUUCAUGGAAAGGCCGCUGCUGGAUCAAGGGAGAGCGGGCAAUCACAACCUUGGCUACAGGAUGAAAGAGAGCUUAAAAGACAGAGAAGGAAGCUGUCCAACAGAGAAUCUGCUCGCAGAUCCAGGUUGAGAAAGCAGGCAGAAUGUGAUGAGCUGGCACAGCGUGCCGAAGUUUUAAAAGAAGAAAAUGCCACUCUUAGAUCAGAAGUGAGUCGCUUCAGGAGUGAGUACGAGCAACUUCUGGCUCAGAAUGCGUCUCUUAAGGAGAGAGUCGGGGAAGUUCCUAAGAAAGAAGGUGAUAGGUCUGGCAGAAAUGACCAAAAUAAGGGUAAGGGCACUUGACAGACGGGGCAAACAGAGUUCGCGCAGACUGGCUAAUGAAGUCCUAGCUGACAUGCUGCAAAAUGAUUUCUAGGGGCUUAACCUAACCAUUUAGUAACAGGAAAUCCUUAUUUACAUAGUAUGUAGUGCCGAAUUCAUUAAAGUUACCUUUUCAGUCUUAGAUUAUUUUUGUAUAAUAUAUACUUGAUAUAUCUAGCCAAUCUUGUAAAGUCAAAGACCCCAGAUGGUAUGCAGAGCUUGAAACCCAUGCCGCACCCUUAUUUUCUCUAAAGGGGUAGUUUUUUCAUUUAUUGAUUUAAACUGUCUAUAUGUAUUAACUAUGGUUGAUUUUUUUUUUUUGAUUAGUGUAUUAACUAUGGUUGAUGAAUAUGCUA